GGGACAGGCGCACAGGACUUUUAUUGGUCGAAGCGAUGGAUGUGUAGGACAGAGGUUGGAGGAACAGGACGUCAAUCCUCCAACCACAGCAUAAUGGACAUCAGAACCAGCUCACAGCGACGGAACCACGCCCCACCAAUCAGAUGUCAGGUACCACACAGGAUAUGCAAAUAUGGAAGAUAUACGCGGUAAAACAAAUGGGGAGUGCCAGGCGAUGCAGGACCUAUGAAGGCAGUCAACCCAUGGACAUAAAUGCUGUCUCAGUGUGGGUGAGUGUGACCCUCCAGGUUGUCACUGUGGUUCUGGGGAUCGGUGGAAACUCAGCAGUGAUCUACGUUGCUGCGCUCCAAAUCAAGACCAAAGUUACAAAUGUGUGGCUGGUGAACCUGGCCAUAGCAGACCUGAUCUUCUGCUUCACCAGGAUCUUUGGCAUCUCCUACAUACUCCUCUCCGACCAUUGGCCUUUUGGAGUCUUCAUCUGCAAAUUCACCGGCUUCUUUAAAUACACCAACAUGUUCUGCUCGGUGUUCCUUCUGGCUGUGAUCAGUCUGGACAGAGCUCUCUGUGUUCAGAGACCAUUUUUCAUCAAAACAGAGCGCACUCUUUUUGUGGCUCGAUUGGUCGCUGUGUGUGUGUGGGCUCUCGCUAUCGUUCUCAGUAUCCCUAAUUUUAUGCAUCGCCAAAUCUACCUGGGCACUAACAACAAAACUAAGUGCUCUAUAGAAAAAGACCAGAACGCCAAAUUCUACCUGUUCUGGCUUCGUUUUACGUGUGGUUUCCUGUUGCCUUUUGUGGUCAUUCUUGUGUGUUAUAUUCUGACCGGUUUAGGAAUCAAACGUGCAAAUACUAGAAUGUUCAGGAAACUGCGCUCCUUGAAGAUCUUGGUGAUUCUGGUCAUCGCUUUCUUCCUGUGCUGGGCUCCGUACCACUGUCUCCAGCUUUUCAGAAUGGCCGACAGAUAUACAGAGGUUUUGAAGCCUUGGCAGCGCAUCAUCAGUGCCAUAGGGUACUUCAACAGCUGUGUGAACCCAAUACUGUAUUACUGUUUGGGGGCGGGGCUAGGGGGAUGCUUCAGGCACUGUGUGAACAACAACAGCCACAUCACAGAGGUACAAAGCAGGCAAGGGAAUGAGUCUUUUUAAAGUAAGGACAAAAACUAUCACUGACCCACAUAUAUGAGGUCUUAUGAAGUUUAUGAGCAGUAACCAAUGGGCUUCAAAACACCACAAAGGACCAAGACCUUUACGUUUUGAGUUUUCUUGGUUUGAGGGUCUUUAAGCAGCAGCAGCUUAUAAAGAAGCAGCACUCACAAUCAAAACCUUUAUUGUUGUUACCAGAAAUUCAGUGUGCAGUGACAAUACAGACAACUGACUAUUUGAACAUAACAUUAAGGCACAGAGGACACUGCUGAUUUAAGAAAUCAACAAACAGCAACCAGAUAGACAAUAUUCUUUGAGAUCUCAGGGCUUUCUGUACAAUUGUUCACAGAAACUGAGGUGUGCUUUUCAGUAUCUGCAUCGACAUCCAGGAAUCAUUUACAAAAGGACUGGAAACUAAGGCUGCGUUCAGACUGCAGCCUGAAGUUCCCCAAAUCCGAUUUUUUGGCUUCUAUGUGACCUGUAUCCGAUCUUUUAAUGACAGUCUGAACGACACAAAUCCGAUUUUUUCAAAUGCAACCCAGGCCACUUGGAUAUGUGGUCCUGAAACCGAUACAUAUCUGAUCUCUUGACAUGUGACUUCAGUGUGAACGGCCAAAGCGCAUUCAUCCACCUACACGUUAUCAACAAGCCACAAACGUCACUAUUCUGCGCUGAAGUCGGCGAAAAUUGUUAAUGAACUGAAGAGAAGCACAUCACCACUCACCACUCUUGGCUACGUCUCCGCAUCCACACAUUCCUUUCAACGGACGUCGCUGCCGCUGCCCCACAAAACACCACGGUCAAAAACCUCGUCCUUCUCCUUCUCAAUCUCCUCCUUAAAACAAGUAAGUUGUUCAUGUUCAGGCUCCAGUAUGAGAGGAACUUUAAAAUCGCCAGGUGCUCAAUGCUCGCCUCCAUGUUUGGACAACUUCCGUAAACACAAAGCACGCUCGCUGCAGUUGACGUAGUCGUGUCUCCAGUGCGCAUGUGGGACACUUUCGGGCCGUUUACUGUUCACACUGGAGUUCACAUACAAGUCGCAUUUAAUUGGAAAUGUGAACGACCUCGCAAAACCAUCGGAUUUUACAAAAAUAUCCGAAUUGAGCGUUAAGCCCUGCAGUCUGAACGUAGCCUAAAAGAACUGCUUUCCGUAGGCCAGUUCAAAUUAAUGCUGAAUGGUUUGUAACAAAUUCUUGUGAUUGUUUAAAUGUAUGAUGAUGUACACCUUGAUAUGUCUUGGCCAAGACUCC